GGAAAUGCUCAGGACAGUCCAAAGAAGUCCACCCCUCCUCAGAGGAGAAAAGACCGAGAACUUCGCAGCCGCACGUCUAUCAUCGACCUUCCUCUGCCCCCCACCCUGGCAGGAGCAGAUUCCUCCCCCCCACAGUCCCCCGUUCGCCAGCCUCCUCCACUGUUAACCCAAACGACCCUCAAGAAGAGACCAAAGAUUUGUUGCCCUCGAUAUGGCGAGCGUAAGCAUAACCUGAGUGACUGGGGCAAACGCUGUGUAGACAAAUUUGAUAUUAUCGGCAUCAUAGGAGAAGGCACCUACGGCCAAGUGUACAAGGCGAAGGACAAAGACACGGGCGAGUUGGUCGCUUUGAAGAAAGUGCGUCUGGACAAUGAGAAGGAAGGAUUCCCCAUCACAGCCAUAAGAGAGAUCAAGAUCUUACGGCAGCUGAAGCACCGCAGUGUUGUCAACAUGAAGGAGAUUGUGACGGACAAACAGGACGCACUCGACUUUAAAAAGGAUAAAGGUGCGUUCUACUUGGUCUUCGAGUACAUGGACCACGACCUGAUGGGCCUGCUGGAGUCCGGCCUGGUGCAGUUCUCCCACGAGCACGUGCGCAGCUUCAUGCGCCAGCUGAUGGAGGGCCUGGACUACUGCCACAAGAACAACUUUCUGCACAGAGACAUCAAAUGCUCCAACAUCCUGCUGAACAACAG